AUGACGUCUAACAUUGCAGAGAGUAUAAAUGCUGCAUUAGGAUAUGCUAGGGAAUUACCAAUAUUCAAUUUUCUUGAAGAGGUAAGACUGAUGUUUGGGAGAUGGAAUCAUGACAACAAACACGAGACAGCCUGCACAUUUACUCCGUUGAUUGGAAAAGCUCAAAAUUUACUAAUCGAAUAUGAAGCAUUGAGCACACGAAUGGGGGUUGUGCCGUCAACUGAAUACAUAUACAAUGUGACUGAUUAUGGUAGGAGUUUUGUGGUCUGUUUAAAGAACAAAACAUGCAGCUGUGGGAAGUUUCAAUAUGAAGAAAUUCCUUGUGAACAUGCUUGGGCUGUAUUGAAGCGGAAAAGUCUAGUAGCCGAUGGAUAUUACUCAGAUUUGUAUAAACCAAAGACGGUUAUGAAGAUUUAUGAGAUACCGAUCUAUCCAUUGCCUUCCUUUUCAGAAUGGGUCAUACCUGAAGCCAUAAUGUAUGAUGAAGUCCGACCUCCAAAAUUCAAAAGACCUCCCGAAAGGCCUAAAAAUAAACCCCGUUCAAAAACUAAACAUGAAUUGCUUGGACUAAAAGGAAAGCAUACAUGUAGUACAUGUGGAUUUGCAGGUCACAAUAGGCGUUCAAGUAGAAAUAGACCUCAAGAAGUUUAA